AUGACUAUGAAAUUAUAUCUAUAUGCACAUAAAGAGACAUACAUUGUCUACAUGGGUGACCUCCCAGAGGGUGAUUUUUCUGCAACAUCCCUGCACACUAGCAUGAUGGAACAAGUUGUAGGGGGGAGCAAGGCAUCAGAAUCUCUACUCCACAGCUACCAGAGAAGCUUCAAUGGGUUUGUGGCGAAGAUGACAGAGGAAGAGAUGAAUAAAAUGUCUAGUAUGGAGGGUGUAGUCUCCGUGUUCCCAAAUGAACAGAUGAAGCUGCACACAACAAGGUCAUGGGACUUCCUCGGUUUAACUGAUCAACAAGCCCCGAGAGCGCCGGCCAUUGAAAGCGACAUUAUAGUGGGGAUGCUCGACACCGGGGUCUGGCCUGAAUCCGAGAGCUUCAGCGAUGGAGGAUUUGGUCCACCUCCAUCUAAUUGGAAGGGCAUUUGCCAAUCCCCACAAAAUUUCACUUGCAACAAAAAAAUUAUAGGAGCUCGCUACUAUCGGUCCCAAGGUUUUUUCUAUCCCGGAGAAAUUCCUUCUCCGAGAGAUACAGAAGGCCACGGCACCCACACCGCUUCUACAGUUGCAGGUCGAGAAGUUUACGAAGCCAGCUUGGUCGGUCUUGCAGCAGGAACGGCCCGCGGAGGGGUUCCAUCUGCACGAAUUGCGGUGUACAAGAUUUGUUGGUCCAACGGUUGUUCUUCUGCUGAUAUUCUUGCUGCAUUUGACGAUGCCAUUGCCGAUGGGGUGGAUAUAAUAUCUCUUUCGGUCGGAGGGGGUCCUCAAAACUACUUUAGUGAUUCAAUUGCCAUUGGAGCUUUCCAUGCUAUGACGAAGGGCAUACUCACAUCCAACUCCGCCGGCAAUUCGGGCCCUACUGCCGGAACUGUCACAAAUGUGUCACCUUGGUCUCUCACAGUUGCUGCUAGCACCAUAGACAGAAGGUUUGUCACCAACGUGGAGCUGGGUAACAGUGAGGUUUAUGAGGGUGUGUCUAUAAAUACCUUCACCCUCAGCAAAAGACUGUACCCCUUAGUUUAUGGGGGCAAUGUACCCAACAAAACGAACCCUUCUCUUGGUUCCCAAUCUAGGUACUGCAUUUCGGGCUCACUGGACGCGACUUUGGUGAAGGGUAAAAUCGUUUUGUGUGAUCAGUUUGGUGCGACAGAACAAUAUGAAGCAGGUGCAAUUGGUACUAUAAUGCAAGGGGGAGAUUACGAAGAUGUUGUCUGGUCCUUCCCCUUAUCUGCAUCCUAUGUGGAUUCGUCUGAUGGUGCUGCGAUUUCCCUGUACAUCAACACAACUAGUGAACCAAUGGCGACCAUAGGUAAGAGUAUUACGACUAAAGACGAAUCGGCACCAUACGUUGUUUGGUUUUCAUCAAGGGGGCCCAAUCCAAUAACAUUGGAUAUCCUCAAGCCGGAUUUAACCGCGCCAGGGGUGGACAUUCUCGCUGCAUGGACAGGAGCUACGUCGAUAACUGGAGUACCGGGGGAUGAGAGAUUUGCUCCUUUCAAUAUCAUUUCCGGCACGUCCAUGUCUUGCCCACAUGCUUCAGGGGCGGCUGCCUAUGUGAAGUCGCUUCACCCAACUUGGUCUCCUGCUGCUAUUAAAUCCGCUCUCAUGACCACUGCUACUCCAACCAACACAACACAAAACACCGACACAACACAAACCGCGCUAGCCGAAUUCGCCUACGGUUCAGGGCAAAUCGACCCGGUACAAGCCGCGAAUCCGGGCUUAGUCUACGACGCCGGAGAAUCCGAUUACGUCAAAUUCCUCUGCGGCCAAGGGUACACCACCCAGUUACUCCAGCUCGUAACCGGAUCCAGCAACACCACUUGCUCCGCGUCUAACAACGGCACCGUUUGGGACCUCAACUACCCUUCCUUCUCCCUCUCCGGCCCGGCCAACGUGUCCGUCACCCGGGUGUUCCACCGGACCGUGACCAAUGUCGGGUCGCCCGUCUCCACUUACACUUCGACCGUGUUCCCUCCGCCCUCCAUGUCGGUUGACGUUGAACCGCCCGUGAUGAAGUUUACUUCAUUAGGACAGAAACAGAGGUUUGUUUUGACGGUGAGUGGGGUGGCGAUUGCGGACGUAAUGUCGGGUUUUUUGAUUUGGGAUGAUGGGGUGCAUCAGGUGAGGAGCCCAAUUGUUGCGCAUUCUUUGAGCUGCGGACAAAUUAUUCAGUGCCGCUAGAGGACAGGGUGCCCCAGGCCGCUAGGAUGGGGUUUACUAAACUUGCUGUCUAAUGUGAGUUCACACACAAGUGUGAUGAUUUAUUUGUCUUAGUUGUUGUUUCCUUUUUUUUGCAUGAAUUGAAUAAAUUAAUGUCGAUGAUAAAAGAAGAAGAAGAAGAUGUUGAACAUGAUUGUAUUAGUGUGAUUUUAAGUUGAAAAACACCAUAUAAAUGAAAAUGUUUCCCCCUUCGUUUUAUUUAA